CUGUUUCCCCCCCCCAUGUUAUACCAAACUGGUUCUUUGAACAUUUUAAUCCUUUUUGAUAACCGUCUUGUAUCGUCGAAACCUCUUUGAAGUGAAUUUUUUGACAGGGAUAACGAAGCAUCUCUCCAAAUGGUGUCCCUGAUUUGCACUUUACAAGACCACCGAGAUGACAUCAACUGGUGCGCCUUCUCCGCACAGCUUUUAGCCACAUGUUCCGGUGACAAGACCGUGCGAGUUUACAACACUCGGGACUUCUCAGAGCUAGCCUUCUCACCGCUGGAAGGACAUGGUUACAGCGCCCACUGCUGCUGCUUCAGCCCCUGUGGACAGUUCCUCGCCUCGUGCUCCACGGACGCCACCACACUGGUGUGGUCCAUGACCACCGGAGAGAUUGAGGCUGUCCUGGAACAUCCUGGACGCAGCCCUGUCAGGAUCUGUGUGCUCUCACCAGACUCCACCCAUUUGGUCUCGGGUGCGUCGGAUGGUUCUUUGGCACUCUGGGAUUUUCCGUCAAAGCAGCUCCGCAGGACUGGCUGCGUCAGUGACACAACAAUGGUUGCAUGCUCGUUCAGCCCAUGCAGCCAGAUGUUUGUCACUGGCUCCACCUACGGAGACCUGCGUGUGUGGGAUCUAAACAUGACCCAGCUCCAUGCGGAGAAGAAUGCCCACGACCUCGGGGUCACUUGCUGCACCUUUGCUCCGGAUAUUCUCAGCGACAGUCAAGUUGUGCAGUUCCACUUGGCCUCAAGUGGACAGGACAGUCACGUAAAGAUCUGGGCCGUUAACAAGCCAAGUUCUGGAGUGGUUAAGAUGCAACUGCUGCACACAUUGACUGGCCAGUCGGCUCCAGUCCUCACAUGCGCCUACUCUUCAGAUGGACAACUGCUUGUGUCAGGCUCCGUGGACAAAACAGUGACAAUCUAUGACGCAAAAAAUGCAGUUUUGCUUUACACAUUGAAUCAACAUGAGAGGUAUGUGACUGCGUGUUCCUUCUCUCCAACUUCACCGCUGAUUGCCACAGGAUCCAUGGAUAAGACCGUGAACAUUUGGAAGGUGGAAGAUGGAUGCAGUGGCUAUGCUGGGAAGUCAUUGCCUGAUGACUCUACUGUGACAUCAUGUCCAGCGUCGACGUCUGCUAGCCGGUCCAAGCUGCUGGUCAGCGAUUGGUCAGAGGAGGACGUGUCUGUAUGGCUUUUAGAGGAAGGACUAGAUGGAUUGGUGGACACUUUCAAGACCAACAACAUUGACGGGACUGAGCUGCUUGCGCUUACCAAGGAGACGCUGCUGUCAGAACUGCACAUAGAGUCAGUGGGCCAACGCAGCAAGGUCCUGAGGAAGGUGGAGGAGCUGAAGAAUGCGUCAGUGUGUUCAGGCGUUCCUGAUGAGUUCCUGUGUCCGAUCACCAGGGAGCUGAUGAGAGAACCUGUCCUCGCUGCUGAUGGUUACUCUUAUGAAAGAGAGGCCAUCACGAUGUGGAUCAACACCAAGAACCGCUCCAGUCCCAUGACAAAUCUGCCGCUACUGACAACUCUGCUCACUCCGAAUCACACGCUGAAGAUGGCCAUUGCUCGCUGGAGGACAAGCCAAUAAGCAGCUGCCGCCAACAUCAUUUCAGGUACAUGAGUGGAAGUACACAGGAUGUUUCACAGCCAUCAAAAUUUCAGUCUUAAGUUGUGUGGGCAGAUUUAAAUACGCGUGUUAUUGUUCAGCUGACAUACAUAACAUCAACAGUUCAAUAGAAGAGGACGUUUUACGCUCAUGAUUAUCACAUCUUAUUAUAUAAACUUGUAUAGCUUUCAUAAUACAUGCUGGUGGGUCUUAACUACAUGUGUGUGAUGUUGCCAAAAUUUGACUUAUGAGUUAAGUUUACUUUGAGUAAGACUCGAAUAAAAGUAAUAAGUAGUCCUCUUCAGGGAAAAAAAUACUCAAGUAAUGAAUAACUGUUAAGUACCUUGCAUGCUUCAAUAAAUACACAAUGAAAUCCCGCUUUGGAGAAAAAAACUAACUUUACCUUUUAAAUCAGUUAUAAGUUUACUUUAACCCUUUCAUUCACGAAUUGGGUUUUUUUUCUGAAUGUUUUUAUUACAUUUAUAUAGGACAUGGGUCUCAAACGGCCCACGGGCCAGUUGCAGCCCACGGGAUAAUACAGGGUGAUUCAAAAAGAAUGUGCCAAAAUCAUCACGCAUUUAUUCAUUUUAAAAUCAUUGAAAUAGACUGAAUUAUUAAUGAUUUUAAUUAAUUAAAUAAAAUUGAUCAAUUAUUUUAAUUUGAUAAGAAUUUAAAUAAGAAUUUAAAGUCUUUUUAACAAGAACGGUAAGUAAUUUUAACAAAUUACCGGUAAAAGUCAUACCGGCUUGAUGUUGUCCGUGCCGCUGGUGGUGGUCACAUUGAGCACUUGUAAAGCAUGAAAUAAAAGCUUAAGUUAUAUACAAUACUUGUGUCCAGCAAGUUAUGAAUUAAAUAAUUAAUUUUUUCAAAUAUACCGCAAUGGUUAUGGUACAUUCUGUUUGAAUCACCCUAUAUUUUGCGGCACCCUACUUAACAUCCAAUUAGUGAUGCCAGCAUGUAUUUUGCGAUGGGCAAUGAAAAAAAAAAAAAGUAUAUGUACAUAUAUUUAAACUGAACUAAUUAAUUAAUUGAAGGAUCCAUUUGGGGAAAACGAUUAACUAUGAAAUAGUGAUAAAUAACAAUAAUUUAAAGAAACACUGCAAAUUUAAAAAGCCAUGUGUAAUAGAAAUGUACAAAUAAUUCUAAAAUAUAUAUUAUAAUUUACAAAAAUGAAUACAACUUCAAAAAAUAAAUUUAAAAAAAUUGUAUUUUGCUCUAUGAAUUUUUUUUCUGGCGGGGGGGGGGGGGUGGUGGUGGUUGUAACCCCACUUAACUAUUUGGCUGCCAUUGAUGGCAAUAGACAACCAAUCCAUUUUAACUGGGAGGGACUUGGAGCGAUUUAAUGAUCACUUCGAGCCCCUCCCAGUUGGAAUAACUAUGUGGCCUGAGCUGGCGGUGAAUGAGUUAGGCUAAUAAUAACUGUUGAAUAGAUGUCCACUGUCCCUGAAAGGGUUACUUGGCAACAUGAGAAGUGAUUUUUUAAAUUUAUUUAUUUGCAAUAUGUUUGUCAUGUGCAUCUAUGUCACUGAAAAUUAAAACCACGCUAACAGAUAUCUUGUUCAACAUGUUUUAUACUUUAAUAAAUGUAACUAUUACUUGUUCUCCUCGAAUAAUGCGUCCGAAUAAUUUAUUGUCCCAGCAUUUACAAUGUGGAUGGAUCUAUGCCUGUUGGAUUAUUUUUGUACAUUGUACAAAACUUGUGCUUUCAUGGCAAUUAUCUUUGAUGUCCAUAUAGUUGAAUGUUUAUUGUCCCUACUUAUAGACCCUACUCACGUGACGUCACAGCCACGCCCCCGCGCCAUGUUGUCCGUAUACUCGUCAUGUUAAUGCAUUAGCGCUUCGUAAAUUCCUCCUAUUAUGGCGUGUUUUUCUGCUUGUUAACAUUAAUAAUCAAAAUGGUGAAGUCGUGUGUGGCGGUCGGUUGCAAAAACAGAGAAGAUAGACGGAGAAACUUGAAGUUUUACCGUAUUCCGAGAGACCCAGAGAGGAGACCGAGAUUGACUGCUGCAAUUCGACGAGAAAACUGGGCUCCAAACGACUACCACAGAUUAUGUAGUAGUCAUUUUAUAUCUGGUAAGAUGCAUUUAAUAUAUAUUUACAGGGUUUUGGGCUGACAACCACAAUUAAGAUCAUUGCUAGGCUAAUUGCCGACAACAUACACUCAGACGUUGUGAAUGAACUACCUGAAAAUAUAUAAUUAUAAGGGGAUAAUCAGACAGUUGUCAUACAAUUAAUUUACAGCUUCACUAUUGAGGUCAAAAGCCAAAAAAUAAAUUCAACUAGGGACAAUCUGGAGUAGUGCUAUCGCACUUCAUAUUUAUUACAUAUUAUAUAUGUAUGUAGUGAGAGUGCUAUCGCUAAACCAUAUAAACAUCAAAAGCCCUAGCUCCAUUGACAAAUGACAUGAAAUACAUUAGACUUGACAGUGGAUGUUAGCAAGAACAAAAGAUUUUGAAUUGAAAAUUUCGUAACUCACCCUCCCGAGCACACGAUAGAUUCCUGCCGAAUUUUCGUGGACAAGGACCUGUUUCACCCAACCAGCAACGAAGUAUUUAUAAGCCUCCAAGCUCUUAAAAUUUUUCAAACUUUCGUGAGAAUAGGCUGAUUUUGUGUGGACAAGAUAGUUGUAAAUAUCAGGGUAGCUAGCAGAUGUCAGGCAAAGACGGCGAAGACAGCGGGUCGAAAAACAUCGAUUUAGGCAUCAAAUAUGGAUCUGGCGAAUGGAUAAACUGAAGCUUUUCCACAUAACGCCUUUUAUGCAACGCAUCCAAUGAGUUCACAGCGUCAGAUAACACCGGGGCUUCCAUGAAUUGCUCUAUAACUUGCACGACUAAUUGAAAACAAUGAGAAAAGUCUAAAAAAUACGGACAAUAUGGCGGCCGGAUACAGCGACACGUCAUUUUGUGACGUAGGUGAGUAGGGUCUAUACCCAGCAAACGUACUGGACUGUGAAAGAAGCAUAAAUAAUGAAAUAUAGUCAUUAUUUUUCUUUUUAUUUUACCACAUUAUUUGUGGCAACAUUCUGUAAUUCAUAGCAUGAAAAGCAUAUAUGACAACUAUAGACAUAACUGUAAUAAGUACAUGAUGUAUUUUAGUCCUUGACUGCUUGUGUUCAAUAAAACCAAUAAACACUUCAUAAGUCAUCUGCUAUGCAAAAAUAAAUGCCAUAUAUAUAGAUUGUAAAUAUUGAAGCAACCUACAUUGACAAGAAGGUUCUAACACUAUCGUCUUACCUGUAUUGAAAUAAAAAUCAGGUGUACUGCAAGUAUUUUACAAGGCUGAAUAGUCACAGAGAACCACUCACAAGGAAAUCUAUCAUUUGCAAAUAUAGUGUUUAUCAUACAAAUAUAAAUGUUUUUCCAAAGACACUUGACAAUCAAAAUGGUCUUAUCCUGCAACUAGUGUGAGGUUUAUUAUUGUUAUGAUGUGCACAAAGCUUAUACUUAAUUAAAGACAUCGCACAGUCUUACAUGUGGCAGCAAAACGUUUUCAAAUGCGAAUAAACAAACGUUGAUUCGCUGCAACCCUCCCUGUUCAGAUGGAUUGGACGUCUACUAGUGACAGUGAUUUAAUUUGAAAGCAAAGGAUAUAAUGGACGCCUAUCAAUGUGAGUGGAACUGAAGCAGUUAAAAGUGGACAACUCAUGAGUUACGAUUCAAAUUUGGGGGGAAAUAAAUGAUUAUAAAUGAAUUUCUAAAUUUUAAUAAAUGAACUACAUUUUUGUGCAUGAUGUUCUGCUUCCCAGAAUUUUUUUUGUGCUGAUUGUUUACAAAUAUUCUGAAUUGAAUAUAAUAUACUAGUUAUUUGAAAAGCCGACUCAAAGUAUGUGUGGUUUUCUUUAAUACGCUAGUACUGUAAAGAAGGCAAGCAUAAGCAGACCAUUAGUUGGUUCUGGAUUGCUAAUGCAACGCUGCAGCAGAAGUCGACACACAGGCUCUCUCCGUAACUACCUUGUGUAGGACUGUUUUGUGCUUUGACGAAUUAUUCAGACAUUGGACUCGAUAAAAGACCGUUUGGGCUUGAUGGGUGCCAUAUGCAGUGUUGGGUUGUCUCUGGUCAGACUCGCCUGUCUGUGCCUCCCAUCAGGAA